AUGGCUGAAUCGAGAUCCAGCAGUUGUAUUAUGUGUCAGGAAAUCGACACAACCGAUAUGGUCCAGUGCGACGUUUGCGACCAGUGGGCGCAUUUUAGCUGCGCUGGAGUAACCAGGAAAAUAAAAGACUAUCCGUGGAGUUGUCUGAAAUGCAGUAACUCUCUGCAAGUGCCGUUGCAGAAAAAAGGUGCUGCUGCCGGCGGGGCAAAAAAGACCUCUACUGAAGGGAGAAAAAGUUCGCGCUGCGAAAGUGGUUCGGUGAGUAGUGCUGGCGCUACGUUUGAAGAGUCUUUGGAUAAACUUAAAGAAGAGAUGGAGGCCACUGAGAAGGCUAUGGAGAACGAACGCAUUCUGCGUACAAAACGACUCGAAAUGGAACGUAUGCUGAAAGAGAAACAGCUCCGUAUGGAAAGAGAGUUUCGCGAGCUGGAACUGCAGCAAGAACAAGAUUUGCAGGCAUACCAGUUACAACAAGAACAGCAUAUACUGGAUCAGCGUUUGGAAAGAGAGAAAGAAUUUCUUGAAAGGCGGUUUAGAAUGCGUGGAAAAUUUGAUACGGCGAAAAUAAGACUUGAACAAAACUAUGCCGAUGCCAUCGGAGAAGAAAGAGAUGAAGAUGUGGGUGGUGGCUCAGUCGCUGGAAGCGACGAAAUAUUCAGCCAAAAGGUGGAACAGUGGCUUGGUGCUCAAAGGUCCGUACGCUGUUUGGACAAUCGGAGACUGCUUAAUUCUACUGCCGCGUUGUCUGAACCAAUAAUCACGAACAGAAGAAUAACCGGAAAUGAAACGGGACUCAGAGGGGGUCGAUUACAAGACUUUAAUCGUGUUUCGAACCAGCAUCAGCAGGGAUACGGUGAGCAAAAUGACCACGAUAAUGAUUUGGUGCGGUUGAGUGCAGAGGAAAGAAUGGCACUGACAGAUUUCCGCAUGGGACGUAUGAGACGCGAAACGGUUUUGGAACCAGCAGGGCUUUCUCAAGCGCAAAUUGCUGCUCGUCAAUCAGUGGCCAAACAAUUACCAGUGUUCAGGGGUGAAGCCGAGCUCUGGCCAAUAUUCAUAAGUAGCUAUGAGUACACUACUCAAGCAUGUGGGUUUUCCAAUCUAGACAAUCUCAAGCGACUGCAGGACUGCUUGAGAAGAGAUGCUCUCGAGGCCGUGAGAAGUCGGCUAGUUUUACCCGAUUCGGUUCCCGAUGUUAUCCGCGACUUGCAAAAUUUGUUUGGGAAACCGGAAAAACUAUUGAAGACGUUGUUAGUUAAGGUACGCCAGGCCAAAGCGCCAAGAGCUGAUCGUCUAGAGACGUUUCUACAUUUUGGUAUCACAGUUAAACAGCUGUGUGAUCACUUAGAAGCCGCGAAACUUGUAGACCAUUUGAACAACCCUAUGUUGGUUCAGGAGCUGGUAGAAAAACUCCCCCCCAACUACAAGUUGGAAUGGGUUCGCUUUAAACGGAACAAAACUGGUACCCCUCUUAGAGUGUUUACCGAAUUCAUGAACGGCAUCGUAUCAGAUGUCUCCGAGGUCAGCGAAUUUUCCGCAUCUGAUCUCACGGAUCGAAACGAACGCUUUGAUAAAUCAAGGUCAAACAAAAGAGAGUUUGUUCACGUUCACAAUUCGUCAUCUAGCAAAGGGGAAAAGGUAUUUACUACGAAAAACGAGACACCAUCUGUGAAAAAUGAAAAACCGUGUUGGGUAUGUCGAAGAACCGAUCACAAAAUCAGAUUUUGUGAAGACUUUCGCAAACUCAACGUUGCGGAGCGUGUGAAGAUUGUCGAAAAAUAUAAAUUGUGUGAGUUGUGUCUCAACAACCACGGAAAAAGUCGUUGCAACUUUAAAAUACGUUGCAAUUUGGCAGGCUGCCAAGGAAACCACCAUCCUCUUUUACAUAGUUGCGAAGAAGCCGUACAGAUUAUGGAAGCGCAUUGUAACGCUCACAAUCGCCUAAACCGUUCGAUUAUUUUCAGGAUGCUGCCGGUAACACUGCUUUUUGGAAACCGAAAAAUUGACAUUCUUGCCUUUUUAGACGAAGGGUCGUCUAUUACUCUUGUAGAAAAUGCAAUCGUAGACAAGUUAAAGGUGGCUGGUGUCGUCGAACCUCUAGUCGUCACGUGGACUGGAAACAUGAAGCGUUACGAAAAUGAUUCCAGAAGAGUGAAUUUGAUGGUGUCCGCUAGGGGGUCUGCCGAAAAGUUUCUAUUGCGAGAGGCACGCACGGUUGGAGAACUUAUUCUGCCGAAGCAGGAGAUACACUUUAACGAAAUCUCAGCUCGGUACCCCCACCUGAAGGGCCUACCGGUCGCAGACUACUGUAAGGAAGAACCAAAAAUGAUGAUCGGACUGGAUAACAUGCACGUGUUCGCUCCACUAGAGUCCAAAGUUGGUCAACCAGGUGAACCAAUUGGAGUUCGAUCGAAAUUGGGCUGGACAGUAUAUGGCCCGGAGAAACGGCUUUCGUUAACUGGAGCGCUUGUAAACUUUCACAGUGUUGGAGCAGCAACCAAUCAGGAGCUACACGACAUGAUACGCCAACAGUACAUGCUGGAGGAAACCGGUGUCACACCAGCAGGAAUGCCAGAGUCCGCUGAAGACUGUCGAGCGCGUGAACUUUUGAAAGCCACCACGAUACGUGUAGGUGACCGUUUUGAAACGGGCCUCUUAUGGCGCGAUGAGGAUAUAGUUUUUCCAGAUAGUUAUCCUAUGGCGAUAAAACGGAUGGAAGCGUUGGAGAGAAAAUUAUCGAAAAAUGCCCAGUUGCGUGACAAAGUUAUUCGCCAGAUCGAGGAAUAUCAAGCUAAGGGCUAUGCGCAUAAAUUAACGGAAGAAGAACUCACACGUACACAUUCAUCAGCAGUAUGGUAUUUACCACUGAACGUGGUUGUGAAUCAGAAAAAAACAGGUAAAAUACGGUUGGUUUGGGACGCAGCAGCAUCGGUCAAUGGAGUGUCGCUCAACAGUCAGCUGCUAAAAGGUCCUGACUUAUUGACAUCCCUAGUCGCAGUGCUUCAACGUUUUCGUCAACGAUCUGUGGGAUUUGGCGGAGAUAUCAAAGAGAUGUUCCACCAGUAUUUGAUCAGAGCACAAGAUAAGCAGGCGCAGCGGUUCGUAUUUAGGUCCAGUAGAAGUGAAGCGCCGCAAAAAUUUGUCAUGGAUGUUGGUACCUUUGGAGCAACGUGCUCCCCGUGUUCGGCGCAAUAUAUAAAAAAUUUGAACGCGGAGCAGUUUGCUGAUCAGUACCCUGAAGCAGUAAGAGCAAUUGUUGACAAUCAUUAUGUUGACGACUACUUUGAUAGCGUCGACACAGUGGAAGAAGCAGUACGACUAGCGAAAGAGGUGAAAAUGAUACACUCCCGAGGAGGUUUCGUUAUACGGAACUGGGUAUCCAACUCGAUAUCGUUCCUACGGCAGAUGGGUGAGCGGAGCAAUAAAGAUGCGGUUCACUUUAAUAAAGACAAAGAAACUGGAACUGAGAGGGUCCUAGGAAUAAUCUGGGAGCCAACCCAGGAUGUGUUUUCAUUCUCCACCACUCCACGAGAGGAAUUAGUUGCUGCUUUAAAUGGCACAGAAGCCCCUACCAAGAGGAUGGUCCUCAGCUGCGUCAUGGCCAUGUUUGAUCCUCUGGGGCUCCUGUCUCCAUUCACUGUCCUGGGAAAGAUGUUGGUACAAGAUCUAUGGAGAACAGGUUGCGGAUGGGACGAUAAAAUCGAAACCGAAUGUUUGGUAACCUGGACGCACUGGAUCAAGUUGUUCCCAAUAAAUGCGGACUUACGAAUAAGUAGAAGUUACUUUGGGAGAGCUCAAUCCCAUCAAGUACAGGAUCUGCAGCUUCACAUUUUCACUGAUGCGGGGGAAAAAGCGUACGGCUGCGUGGCAUAUUUCCGUGCCAUCAUUGAUGAGGAAAAAAUUUGUACGCUAGUCAUGAGUCGCACAAAGGUUGCUCCGCUGAAACAAUUAAGCGUUCCCCGGCUAGAACUUCAAGCGGCGGUACUAGGAGCUAGACUGAUGCGUACGGUUCAGGAGAACCAUAGCUUCAACAUCCAGCGAACAUACCUCUGGACCGAUUCACAGACAGUAUUGUCCUGGAUCAAGUCGGAUCAGCGAAAAUAUAAACAGUUUGUGGGAUUUCGCAUUGGAGAGAUUCUCAACAGCACAAAACUAAUAGAUUGGCGGUGGACACCAACGAGGUCGAACGAAGCCGACAGGCUGACGAAGUGGAGGCGGGAUGUAGAGCUUAAAUCGGAAAGUAACUGGUUCAUGGGACCAAGUUUUCUGUAUGAGGAUGAGGAGAAAUGGCCGCAACAAUGCCAACCAGCCACCACGAGAGAAGAGCUACGGGCACAAUUUUUGUUCCACGAUAUAGUUUUAGAGGACAGUCUGGUGGAUGUUAAUCGGUUCUCCAAAUGGAAUAUUUUAGUGAGGACAAUGGCAUGCGUUCUCAGAUUUGUUUCAAACUGCCGAAGACAAAUGCAAGGUCUUCCGGUAGAGACGCUAAAGGCAACGAAGAAGCAAGCACAGAUAAUUUUGCCAGCAAAGUACCCGAUAAUUCGUUCACCGUUAAAGCAGAAGGAGUUCCAACAAGCCGAAUGCCAUUUAUUACGUGCUUGUCAGGCCGAAGUGUUUGGAGACGAACUCAAAACUCUGAUAAAAAAUCGGAACCGCCCAGUGAAUGAGUGGGUAGCGUUGGAAAAAUCAAGUCCAUUAUAUAAAUUGACACCGCUCAUCGAUGAGAACGAUAUAAUCCGGAUGGAGGGUCGUACAGAGAAAGCCGAGUUCUGGCCAUUUGAUUUGCGUUUUCCAAUAAUUUUACCGAAAGAACAUCGUGUCACAAAAUUAAUAGUUCUACAUUAUCACGUACGCUUCGGCCAUGGGUACCGAGAGACGGUUAAAAAUGAGAUUCGUCAGCGUUUCCAUAUUCCUAAGGUUGGCUCGGUAGUACAAAAGGUUUCUAAAGAGUGUCAGGGGUGCAAGUUUCGUUGGCAUUGA